CUUCUUCCUCCUUCCCCUUUUCCUCUUCUUCCUCCCCUCCGGCUGGGUCGAGUGCCUGGCGGGCGCUUGGGAGCGAUGGGCAGCCGCGGCGGGAGCACGCAAGCCGGAGGGAUCUUCUCCAGCGAGCCGUUCGCAUCGCCCUAGCGGAUCCUCGCAUCCGGCCUCGUCUCUUUCCUCUUCCUCCGGCCAGAGCCUCCUGGACCAGCCCGCAUCGGCGCAAGGCAGGCAGGCGGGCGGGAAAGCGGGGUGGGGACCCAGCCUGAGCCGGGCGCGCAGAAGGAGGGAGCCUCGUCUGCUUCGCUGCGCCCGCCACCCACCCCUAGGAAAACGACACACACAAAAACAGGCGCAAUGCACUUUCCCGGAGAUCGGCGGCUUGACGGGGGCCUCUGCAACUUUCCCCGCUCCCCUGGCUCUGCCUCCGCUCCCCGCCUGGCGCUUGGGCUGCAGAGCGGAAACUCCUCGGGCUGGCGGAGGAACUGACUGAGCACCAGCUCGCCCCUCUCCUUUGCUGGGAUGAUGCGUUAACUUGGUGCAGAGCAGUCCCCUCCUCCUCUCUGCCCGCUUGGCUGGGCAUUUGCUGGCGCUGGGGGGCUGUUCCCAAGUCCUGCGAAGAAAAGAGCUUGGGAAGGUAGCAAGGAAACAGCGGCUGCUGCUUCCACAGAGCCCUGGGGGGAGCUGCCCCAUGCCCAGCAGGGCGCAGUGGGCACCCAGGAGAACAGCAGCGGCGAGGGGCUGCACCCAAGGACAGCCAGCUUCCCUGAGAGACGGGGACAUGCCCUCUCUGCCCGGGAGAAAGCUCCAGGGCAUCUGGACCCACCUUGGCCCAAGCGCCUGCCUGUGAUGUGCAACAGUUGGCAGGGCUGGUUCCCCUGCCCUGGCUCCAAACCGCCGCCGGCAUGAAGGUGUUCCGCAGGAAGGCGCUGGUGCUGUGCCUGGGCUAUGUGCUCCUUCUGCUCCUGACGAUGCUCAACUUGCUGGACUAUAAGUGGCACAAGGGGCCUCAGCAGUGCAGCGAGCCCUUGCCCGCCCGCCGCACCCCCUACCCUCAGCAGCUGCCUUAUUACACCUACCAGUCCCGGUCGGACACUCGAGCCCUCUACGGGCCCCCCGUGCCCCUCGUCCGCAAGAGGCCUGUCUACAUCUUCACCACGUGGCGGUCCGGGUCCUCCUUCUUCGGGGAGCUCUUCAACCAGAACCCGGAGGUCUUCUUCCUCUACGAGCCGGUUUGGCACGUGUGGCAGAAACUGUACCCGGGCGACGCCGUCUCCCUGCAAGGCGCGGCACGGGACAUGCUGAGUUCCCUGUACCGCUGCGACCUCUCCGUCUUCCAGCUCUACAGCACGGCUGGGGCAGGGAAGAACCUCACCACUGGGCAUUUUGGGGCGGCCACCAACAAAGUGAUCUGCUCCUCGCCGCUGUGCCCAGCCUACCGCAAGGAAGUGGUGGGCAUGGUGGAUGACAAGCUGUGCAAGAAGUGCCCUCCGCAGCAGCUGCACCUCCUCCAGGAAGAGUGCCUCAAGUAUCACACUCUGGUCAUCAAGGGCGUGCGGGUCUUCGAAUUGGCGCUCAAAGUUAUCCACUUGGUCCGGGACCCCCGCGCAGUGGCCAGCUCCAGGAUCAAGUCCCAUGGGCUGAUCCGUGAGAGCCUGCAGGUGGUGAGGAGCAGGGACCCCCGGAUCCAUCGCAUGCCCUUCCUAGAUGCUGGCCACAAGCUGAACAGCAAGAAGGAAGGGGGAGGUGGCUCCGACUACCACGCCUUAGGGGCCAUGGAGGUGAUCUGCGGGAGCAUGGCCAAGACCUUGCAAACUGCGUUGCACCCGCCCGAUUGGCUGAAGGGUAACUACAUGGCCGUCCGCUAUGAGGACCUGGUAGUGGACCCCAUCAAGACUUUGCGGCAGGUGUACGGGUUUAUCAAUCUGGCGGUGAGCCCGGAGAUGGAGUUUGCUCUCAACAUGACCAGUGGGCCUGGGUACUCUUCCAAGCCCUUUGUGGUUUCUGCCAGGAAUGCUAGCCAGGCAGUGAAUGCUUGGAGGACAGCGCUAAGUUUUCUGCAGAUCAAGCAAGUUGAGGAGUAUUGCCACCAGCCCAUGGCCAUUCUAGGCUAUGAGAGAGUCAAUGGCCCAGAAGAAGUCAAGGACCUCAGCAAAACCUUGCUCAGGAAGCCAAGGUUUGAAUGGGCUGCACCCUUCCGCAGAAAGGGGUUGGAUUGGAGAGUGGGUUACAACUUUGUUGAGAAUUAUGUUUACCUGAGAGACAGAGAGCAAGCAAAACGUGGCUCUUUUGUGAGGACACUUAGCCUUGAAGAAGACCACUACAAUCCUUCAGGGACUAUUGAGGAUAACACACAUCCAUGUUCAUUGCUGGGCUGUCAAUAAUUAAAACACACACAUACACACACUUCAGUGAGUAUUUGUGAGGCCUAUUUUCUCUCCCAAAUUGCGCAAGGCACAUGAUUCAGUAUGUACCAGAACCUUUACAUACAUACUUCUUGUGUGAUAGUGAUUAUGAAGGACUUGCACAAUUGCUGAAGCAUUGUUUUUUUGUGGGGGGAGGGUUGGGGCAGCAAGGAGGAAGGUAAGGUGGGGGAAUACUCAGUAAAACAGAAUUCAGAGGACUGGACUUUUGUAUAAAUGUUUAAAUGUGAUAUUAAUAAAGAAAUCAAUAAAAUAUGCUGAUUUUACAAUGA